AAACGCGAUAAAACUGAAUUGUUCCAUUUAAACAUGUGGCGAAAUAUUGUAUUUAAACGAUAUGUUGUUUUAGAUUUCGUUGAGGAGGAAUAACAUCGCAUGUUAAAGUAGCACCAGUUAGUUAGUGAGCUAACGUUAUCUAGUUUGCUUUUUGGCCAGCCUGUUACAGUUGCGUUCUAGUGUAUUGGCACCCUUGUACGUCUAUUUUAAAUAAUUCAAUACGUCUUCAAAUAUAAAUUAAAAUAAAAACGUGUUCACACGUGUACUGUGGUAAGUUGCAGGUAUUUUUACAAGGUAAAAACAGCCAUUCAAAUCGUGUUGAAAAGAGAACAGGAUAUUCUGCUUCAUUAUAACGUUACCACUGUGAACAUGGCCAAGGGGAAAGAACUAUCUGAGGAUUUCGUAAUGUUAUCAGGAAGCAUGCUGUCCAUGGAGUUGUAGUCAACCUCCCAGGACGUGGUCGCAAGAAGAAUCUGGUUCCACCGGGUGAAAAAGAGAGAACUUGCAAGAAGAAUCUGGUUCCACCGGUUGAAAAAGCAGUUCGUUCUGCACCUAUCCAAAAUAAAAUGACAUCUGUUUGUGAUGCCACCAUUGAAGACAAGGAAAAUGGUUCCGAGUCGACGGAGUCUCAGGACAAGGAACAUCCACGGCUUCUCAUCCCAGAGUUAUGUCGUCUUUUCUACCAACUCGGCUGGGUUACUGGGACAGGAGGAGGGCUAAGUUUGAGACGUGGAGAUCAGAUCUACAUUGCCCCGUCUGGAGUGCAGAAGGAGAGACUACAGCCAGAUGACAUGUUUGUCUGUGAUGUGGAGGAGAGAGACAUCAGCUCCCCACCCCCCUGGAAGAACCUGAAGAAGAGCCAGUGCACCCCUCUGUUCAUGAAUGCCUUCACUAUGAGAGCGGCGCAGGCCGUCAUCCACACCCACUCCAAGGCUGCCGUCAUGGCAACUCUGUUUUAUCCUGGCAAGGAGUUCCGCAUAACUCACCAGGAGAUGAUAAAGGGAAUCCGCAAGGGCACCUCCAAAACCAACUACAGAUAUGAUGAAACCCUGGUGGUCCCCAUCAUUGAGAACACCCCGGAGGAGCGGGACCUGAAGGAGCGCAUGGCGCUGGCCAUGGAGCAGUACCCAGACUCCUGUGCGGUCCUCGUCCGGCGCCACGGCGUCUACGUGUGGGGGGAGUCCUGGGAGAAAGCCAAGACCAUGUGUGAAUGUUAUGACUACCUAUUUGACAUCGCCGUCCAAAUGAAGCAGAGUGGAAUGGAUCCUUCAGCACCACCCGUUGAAGAGAACCAUUACUACGAUGUCCAACCAUCCCAAUAAAUGGAGGCAAACAAUCAGGGCCUAAAAUGAACGCCUGCCAAAUGUGGAUUUUUUUUUUCCCCCAGCCAUGUCGCCGGGUGGUCAGGACUUCACAGUGCAAGUAUUUCACUCGCAUUUGUGAAUAUAAAAAGUCAAGUUUGAUCACAUUUACAGUGACAUAUAUGCUGCACUAGCUGUUUUCAAAAUAUUUCUGCCGUUUUUGUUUCAUAGCUGGUAAUAUAUAGCCUAUUCCACCUCGCUCUGCAACACAGCCUGGCUGGGGGACUGUGCGCACGUGAAGAGCUGAGUGAAAGAUUACAUUUUUAGAAGCGCUGUGCACAGGCAUAAAAGUUGGUCUAAUUUACUUGAAAAGAAAGUCUACUGAAGUGAAACCCUGUCCUUGUAUUUUUUUGGCUAUUUACAUUGUUUUGUUCACAAACUAGGUUGUUUUUCUGUGUUUGAGUUUCAACUGCUUGGGAAGAGAAGGCCACGCUUCUACUAGUCAAUCUCACAGGCAGAAACAAUACUGAUUUGCGUUGCCAUGGUAACCUCCCUCCCUUAAAGGUGGGACAUUUUUGUCUGAUAUUUUGGUUAAAAAUUUAAUUAAUAUACCAAUUUUACUUCUUACUAGUAAUACACUUGUUUUAGAAACAUUACAAAGCAUGCUCAUCUGUUGGUUUUGUUGUAAUUUUUGUGGAAAAUAUUCUGGCUGGUAAAAAAAAUCUGAGUGGCUGGUAGAUUUAAAAUAAAAAUAAAAAAUAUUCCUGCCACAGUG